AUGGCAGAGCAGUGGGAACAGACAUUCAAGACGUUUGGUGAGAAGACAUACACCAUCACGCAACUCAUCCAGAACGCAAAUGAGGGCGAUGAUUUGGAGGAGCCAUUCAAGGAGAUCAAGCAAGCGCACGAUGACAUCGUCAAAGAGGCCAAGGAACUUCCAAACGAUAUCCCAGACGUCGAUGACGAUGGUGCUCAACUGGAGCUGAAGAAUGCUGCUGGUGAUAUCGUCAUCGCAGGUAACAAGCUCAUUGCGGCCAUCACCGAGAAGCUCGACAUCUGGAAGGAGAAGAAGGAGUUGGGCAAGAUCAUCAACAAGGUCAUCCUGACCAACAACGACGUUCUGGACAAGCCGUACCCACCGAGCAACCCCUACGCGCCAGAGAUCCAGGGUCAGGCGAAGAAGCUUCAGACGGAAGCCGUCAAGGUGAAGAAGCAGAUUGAGUCGGCAGAGUAG